AUGGAAAGCCCCCGUGAAUCAGCAACCAUAGUGAAUGAUCCCAACAGAGAAGAAGGAAACGUACAGAGUGAAACAACACCGCUCCUGCAAAAACGGGCAAGCGACGUGACAGGAAAGAUAAUCAGUACCAAUGUUACCCUUUUCGUCGCCGGGCUAAACGACGCCGCUUUGGGAGUCCUGGUCCCGUACAUCCUACCAACCUAUGGCGUCACCCUCUUUCAGCUCUCCCAGAUCUACCUUAUAAACUGUGCUGGCUGUCUCACAGCUUCCUUUUCCAAUAUCCAUGUUUGCUCGCGCAUCGGCACGGGCGGUACAUUAGUGCUAGGAGCAGUGAUCCAAACACUUGGAUUCGCACUGAUGUACUGGAACCCGCCCUUUGCGCUCUUUACUGCUGCCUUCUUCUUAACUGGCAUGGGAGGUGCCUAUCAAGACGCCCAGGCGAAUACAUUCACAACAACAGUUGACAAUGCGCAUCGCUGGCUGGGAAUUCUGCAUGCGGUGUAUGGUGUUGGGACAAUUAUCUCACCCAUUGUUGCUAAUGUAAUUGCCUCGCGAACGCCCGUCUGGCAUGAUUUUUACUUUGUGAUGUUGGGCUUGGGGCUAUUAAACUUGUGUCUUUUAAGGUGGACAUUCCGAGAAGGUCUCUUUAAACCUAACAAGAGGAACGCGAGCGGAACAGCCGCCAGCGAAUUGAAAGCCACGCUAUCCAAUAAAGCGGUCUGGAUACUAAGUGGAUUCUUCUUUUUGUAUGUCGGCGCGGAGGUUACUGUCGGUGGUUGGAUGGUCCAAUUCAUCGUCUCCGUAAGAAAUGGAGACCCAAAAGAAGUAGGCUACAUAGCCUCUGGAUUCUGGACGGGAUUCACACUAGGCCGUGUUGCUCUGGCAGACAUCACUCACUAUUUUGGAGAACGUCGGAUGGUGUUCGUCUACCUCACUUUAGCAGUUACCAUGCAGCUCCUGUUUUGGCUGGUCCCAAAUAUCGUUGUAAUUGCUAUCGCGGUUUUCCUAUUAGGAUUCGUCAUCGGACCAUUCUAUCCUAUUGGGCUCUAUGUUCUUACACAGGUGGUGCCGGAGGACCUUCGAAUUGGGGCUUUAGGACUCACCGCUAGUUUGGGACAGGCUGGCGCCGCUGCUUUCCCUUUUAUGACGGGAGCUAUAGCUUCCCGGGCUGGGGUCGAGGUUAUGCAGCCGAUCAUGCUGGGUUUGCUUAUUGGGAUUGGCUUGUUCUGGGCUUUGCUUCCUAGACAACGGGCAAUCAGCCUUUAG